GUAAGAGAAACUUGGAUGGUAUCAUCAAGGAGAUACAUGGAAACUGUGUUUUCUACUUAAUCUUCCUGUACAUGGGACAUUGAUGUCAACUGUACCCUGCCCUUGCCAAGUCCACCCCAUUCACCACACAUCCUGUGUGAGCUACAGAAUCUCUCAGGAUCUCUUUGCUGGAUUUGUGUUCCUGUUGCUCUGUUCACGUCCUGGCUGCCUGGUCCAGUAAACACGCUGCUCAACUGGAGAAGCCUUGAAUCCCCUCACUGGUGCUCCUUGAGUGGCAGCUGUUCCAGGUCUUUCAAGCCGCAAGGUGGGCACCAUGGCUGAGAAGUUUGACUGCCACUACUGCAGGGACCCCCUGCAGGGGAAGAAGUACGUUCAGAAGGAUGGUCAUAACUGUUGCGUCAAAUGUUUCGACAAGUUCUGUGCCAACACUUGUGCCGAGUGCCGCAAGCCCAUCUCUGCGGACUCCAAGGAGGUGCAAUAUAAGAACCGCUACUGGCAUGAUACCUGCUUCCGCUGUUCCAAGUGCCUUCACCCCUUGGGCGAUGAGACCUUUGUGGCCAAGGACAACAAGAUCCUGUGCAACAAGUGCACCCAGCUGGAGGGUUCCCACUCGUGCAAGGGCUGCUUCAAGCCGAUUGUGGCAGGCGAUCAAAAUGUGGAAUACAAGGGCACCGUAUGGCACAAAGACUGCUUCACCUGCAGCCACUGCAAGCAAGUCAUUGGGACCGGAAGCUUCUUCCCCAAGGGGGAGGACUUCUACUGCGUGUCUUGCCACGAGUCCAAGUUUGCCAAGCACUGCGUCAAGUGCAACAAGGCCAUCACAUCUGGAGGAGUCACUUACCAGGAUCAGCCCUGGCAUGCCGAGUGCUUUGUGUGUGUUACCUGCUCUAAGAAGCUGGCUGGGCAGCGUUUCACCGCUGUGGAGGACCAGUAUUACUGCGUGGAUUGCUACAAGAACUUUGUGGCCAAGAAGUGUGCUGGAUGCAAGAACCCCAUCACUGGGUUUGGUAAAGGCUCCAGUGUGGUGGCCUAUGAAGGACAAUCCUGGCACGACUACUGCUUCCACUGCAAAAAAUGCUCCGUGAACCUGGCCAACAAGCGUUUCGUUUUUCACCAGGAGCAUAUCUAUUGCCCCGACUGUGCCAAAAAGCUGUAAAAGGGGACAGGGGCUCCUGUCCCAUCACAUGGAAAUUGAGUCUUGUUCUUUCAUGUCCUCACCCUCUGCCCUGCACCAGCGGUGGGGAAAGAGCGGCCUUUCACCUCUUCAAGUUGCUCCCUCCCGGCCUUUGUCCUUGUGCCAGCAUUACUUACACACUGGGCACACAGUGAUCGGUUAGGAUGUAUAGCAAAACAGCAGCUCCACAGCCAACACUUAGCUCGAUCGACACUUCUGCAUGUUUCUCAUAGAGCAGAAAAGCGCACCCCCAUGUACCGCUUAGAGACGAAAGCUGGAAGCUUCAGUGGCGGGCUCCCCCACCGGGUCAGCAGGACACGCCAUGAAUUGCAGCGGCUGCUCCAACAUAAGUGCUCACCUCACUGCAAACAGCAGAAUUUAGCUGGAAUGCAUGGUAUCCCUUUCUCCUCCAAACACCCCCUACCAUUCUUCUGUGCUUUCACCUGACUAAUACUGGCCUCCUGCAAGACAAACCUGGACACUUGGCGCCAUUUCGCCUUUCUGACUGGCUCCCACCCCGGUACUAAUGUUCUGUCCCCUCCCCCAAGUGGCAUGUUUUCUGAGCAUUCCUCAUGCAAGCGGGGAACACGCAGGUGAUUUGGCAAGUGUAGGCAGAGCUGAAAGAAUGAGCCUGUUUCAGAGGAACAGCGUCACGGCCAAACACUUCUGGAAGCUUCACCACUAACCAGCUAUCUGUUGACUUUUGUUUGGAUUUUCUUUCAAUUAAUACGAUUUUCAUUUGUUUUCAUGACUAGCAGCAUAGUUAUUGGGUUUGAAGACGUGCAUGAAAAUAUUUUAGUCCCUUUUGAGUGUUCCUGCCAUUUAAAAAUGCGCUCACAGAAGUCACCCUAAGAACGUUCUAGGGGGUCCUGCUGAGCAGACAUCAGGGCUGUCCUUCGCACCAGCGAUGAGUUCAGAACUUGUCUGCUCUGUUCGUGUAUUCAAAGCCUGCCAGGCCCCUUCUCUUGGCUGGAUCUCAUAGGAUGUGGGGAGGCAACCAUCUUAGCCCCAGGUGGGCCCCCUAUCUGUGUAGUGCUUAUCUGAGACACAGGAUCACCUUACUGUAUUCUAUUGACGUUGUUAUAUUACAUAGUUUGAGGAGAUGAUAUCAGAGUAACCUGUAAUGGCAAUCAUAUUAACAUACUUGUAGAAGUGGUUAGCCAAGCUGAUGCUUCAUUUCUACAUCUUGUCAUUAGCUACUAUCAUCUAACGUUUCAGUGUAUCCUUACAGAAAUAAAAGAGCAUAUAAAUAA